CCCAUCUUCAGUUGCGUUGGCAGUUAGAGGACGACGGACGGCGAUGGCGGCGGUCGCAGCGGAGCCUGCUGCAGCUGCCGUCGCGGCGGCCGCUGAGGACAGAGAGCCACAACGCGAGGCAAAGCUUGGCCUGGACGACCAGUGGCACCAAAUCGAGAAUGCCGAGAGUGGACGAGAGCGUCCACUACAAGCCGGCGAAAGCUGGUUCCUUGUGAAGCAGCACUGGUAUAAACAGUGGGAGGUGUACGUGCAAGGAGGGGACCAGGACGCCAGCACCUUUCCUGGCUGCAUCAACAAUGCUGAGCUCUUUGAAGAUCAGAUAAACUGGCGCCUCAAGGAGGGCCUGGUGGAAGGCAAGGAUUAUGUGCUGCUCCCAGCAGCUGCUUGGCAUUACCUCGUCAGCUGGUAUGGCCUAGAGGAUGGCCAGCCUCCCAUUGAGCGCAAGGUCAUAAAGCUGCCCAACAUCCAGAAGGUGGAAGUGUAUCUAGUAGAACUGCUGCUGGUCCAGCACACUGAUAUGGACACAAUUCUUACUGCUCAAUUCAGCCACACUGAUACUCUUGAUGUAGUCUUGAGCACUGCCCGGGAGCAUUUUCUGGUGGAGCCUCAGGAAGACACACGCCUUUGGAUCAAGAACUCAGAGGGCUCUUUGGAUCGUUUGUUCAACACACAGAUCACACUGCUUGAUGCUGCCAUCGAGACUGGGCAGUUGGUCAUCAUGGAGACCCGAAACAAAGAUGGCACUUGGCCCAGCACACAGCUGCAUGGCAUGAAGAACAUGGCGGAAGAAGAUGAAGACUUCCAGGGCCAGCCGGGCAUCUGUGGCCUUACCAAUCUGGGCAACACGUGCUUCAUGAACUCGGCCCUGCAGUGCCUCAGCAAUGUGCCCCAGCUCACUGAGUACUUCCUCAACAACCGCUACCUGGAUGAGCUCAACUUCCGCAACCCGCUGGGCAUGAAAGGUGAACUUGCUGAGGCCUAUGCAGACCUGGUGAAGCAGGCAUGGUCUGGGUACCACCGCUCUAUUGUGCCUAAUGUGUUCAAGAAUAAGGUUGGCCAUUUUGCAACUCAGUUCCUGGGCUACCAGCAGCAUGACUCACAGGAGCUGCUGUCAUUCCUCUUGGAUGGGCUUCAUGAGGACCUCAAUCGGGUCAAGAAGAAGGAAUAUGUGGAACUGUGUGAGGCCAAUGGGCGGCCAGAUCAGGAGGUAGCUCAGGAGGCCUGGCAGAACCACAAACGGCGGAACGAUUCUGUGAUUGUGGACACUUUCCAUGGCCUCUUCAAGUCCACGCUGGUGUGUCCUGAUUGUGGCAAUGUGUCUGUGACCUUCGACCCCUUCUGCUACCUCAGCGUACCAUUGCCUGUCUGCCAUAAGAGGGUCUUGGAGGUCUUCUUCAUCCCCAUGGAUCCUCGCCGCAAGCCAGAGCAGCACCGGGUUGUGGUCCCCAAGAAAGGCAAUAUCUCCGAUCUGUGUGUGGCUUUGUCUAAACACACUGGUAUUGCUCCAGAUAAGAUGAUAGUGACCGAUGUCUUCAGUCACCGUUUCUAUAAGCUCUACCAGCUGGAAGAUCCUCUGAGCAGCAUCUUGGACCGUGAUGAUAUCUUUGUAUAUGAGGUGACAGGCCGGAUUGAGCCCAUUGAGGGUUCAAGAGAUGAUAUUGUAGUUCCUGUCUACCUGCGGGAGCGCACACAAGCCCGGGACUACAACAAUUCCUACUAUGGUCUGAUACUUUUUGGGCAUCCUCUGCUGGUUUCCGUGCCCCGGGACCGGUUCUCUUGGGAGGGCCUGUAUAACAUCCUGAUGUACCGGCUUUCGCGGUACGUGACCAAGCCCACCUCAGAUGAGGAGGAUGAUGGAGAUGAGAAAGGAGAUGACAAUGAGGAGGAGGAAGAGGAGGAAAAUGAAGCCAGCAGUGAUGAAGAAGGGAAAGAGGAGAUCCCCGGACCUUCCACCAGCGGCGACCUCCAAGACUCUGAACCUGAGCAGCCUGGGCCCAGUUCUGGUGUUAACAGAAGAUGCCCAUUUCUCUUGGACAACCGCCUUCACACAUCUCAGUGGCCCCCAAGGCGCCGCCGCAAACAACUGUUCACCCUGCAAACAGUCAACUCCAAUGGGACCAGCGACCGCACCAUCUCCCCCGAAGAAGUGCAAACCCAGCCGUACAUCGCUAUGGACUGGGAGCCUGAGAUGAAGAGACGCUACUACGACGAGGUGGAAGCUGAGGGCUAUGUGAAGCAUGAUUGCGUGGGCUAUGUACUGAAGAAGGCCCCAGUGCAGCUGCAGGAGUGCAUCGAGCUCUUCACCACCAUGGAGACCUUGGAGAAAGAAAACCCCUGGUACUGCUCUUCCUGCAAGCAACACCAGCUGGCUACCAAGAAGCUGGAUCUGUGGGCACUACCGGAGAUCCUCAUCAUCCACCUGAAGCGCUUUUCCUUUUCCAAGUUUUCCCACGAGAAGCUGGACACCCUGGUGCAGUUUCCUAUCCGGGACCUGGACUUCUCCGAAUUCGUCAUCAAACCACAAAACGAGUUGGCUCCAGACCUGUACAAAUAUGAUCUCAUUGCAGUUUCCAACCACUACGGGGGCAUGCGUGAUGGCCACUAUACAACAUUUGCCUGCAACAAGGACAGCGGCCAGUGGCACUACUUUGAUGACAACAGCGUCUCACCUGUGAAUGAGAAUCAGAUUGAGUCCAAGGCAGCCUAUGUCCUGUUCUACCAACGCCAGGAUGUGGCACGUCGCCAGCCCCAGCCUGACUCAUCUGUUCCCUCAGCCUCCUCUGCCUUCAAGUCCUCACCAGGCCCUGAGUUCAUGGAUGUUGAAGUGCCCUAGUAUCUGAUAUAGGAAAGAAAGACCUCUCUGACACCCUGCUUCUCAUGCCCAACCCUCUCUUAUAAGUGUUCAGUGCCCCCACCAGGCAUUGCAGGCUUCGUCCAUGGCUACUGUUCUCCUGUGCUGCUGCAUUGCUCUAUUCCAGGAGGAAGAGGCCCUGUGCCACCCACCCAUGUGCCCCUAGAAUAGUAACCUUCCCUCCUAGUCUUAUUUAUGUGUCCCCAUCCCUCUUUCCUCACCCUGGAGUGUUUUUAGUGAUUGGUGAUGGGGGUUAAACCUGAACACAGAGUGUAUUUUCUUAUUGAGACCCUGUAUCUUAUGCUGUGUAUGUGAUAUACAUAUAUAUACAUACAUACAUAUAUAUAUAUAUAUAUAUAAAGUUCCAGUUUGUUCUUGCA